UUGAAAGUUAACAUAAAGUUCAUUCUGACUUUUUAGGAAAUGGCUAACUGCCAGGCUGUAAUCCUGUCUGUGGAAGAUGAUGUUGGGCAGAGAAUUAUCAUUGAAGAUCUAUUAGAAGCCACUCGCAGCCCUGAGGUGGGAAUGAGGCAGGCUGCAGCUGUCAUUCUAAACAUUUACUGCUCCAGAUCAAAAGCAGACUGCACUGCCUAUCUCAGGAACUUAGUCUCAGGCUUGAUCAGACUUUUUAAUGAUACCAAUCCUGUGGUUCUGAAUGAAAGCUGGGAUGCUCUCAAUUCUAUCACCAAGAAAUUAGAUGCUGGGAACCAGCUUACCCUCAUUGAGGAUCUGCACAGGGAUAUUCGUAUGGUAGGGAAUGAGGCCAAAGGAGAACACGUGCCAGGAUUCUGUAUUCCAAAGAAGGGAGUGACUUCUAUUCUUCCGGUGCUGCGGGAGGGAGUUCUAACUGGUAACCCAGAGCAGAAAGAGGAAGCCGCAAAGGCCUUAGGGCUAGUUAUUAAACUGACCUCUGCUGAAGCCCUGAAACCCUCCGUCGUGAGCAUUACUGGACCACUUAUUCGGAUCUUGGGAGAUCGGUUCAGUUGGAAUGUCAAGGUGGCUUUGCUUGAAACAUUAAGCCUUCUGUUGGCCAAGGUUGGGAUUGCCCUGAAACCAUUCCUGCCUCAGCUACAGACCACCUUCACCAAAGCGCUACAAGAUUCAAACCGUGCUGUCCGCCUUAAGGCUGCUGAUGCGCUCGGUAAAUUGAUUGCCAUCCAUAGUAAAGUGGAUCCUCUUUUUACUGAGCUGUUGAAUGGAAUCCGUUCCACUGGGGAUUCUAGCAUCAGAGACACCAUGUUGCAAGCUCUGCGAUUUGUAACACAAGGAGCUGGUGCUAAAGUGGACGCAACCAUUAGGAAGACCAUCACCACAGUACUUCUAGGAAUGCUGGGACACGAUGAG